UCUUUUUCUUUUUUUUUUUUUUUUGAGGCAAAGUCUCGCGCUGUCGCCCAGGCUGGAGUGCAGUGGCGCUAUCUCGGCUCACUGCAACCUCCACCUCCCUGGUCCAAGUGAUUCUCCAGCCUCAGCCUCCCAAGUAGCUGGGAUUACAGGCAUCUGCAACCACACCCGGCUAAAUUUUGUGUUUUAGGAGAGAUGGGGUUUCACCAUGUUGGCCAGGCUGGUCUCAAACUCCUGACCUCAAAUGAUCCUCCUGCCUCGGCCUCCUAAAGCUCAGGUAUUACAGGUGUGAACCAUACACCCUGCCUGCAGUCCCUAAUACAUUUCAACCUUUUAUAAGUCAACAGAUACUCCCUGAGACGCUGGUAUGUAUGAGGCAGUCUGGUAUUAAUUGUAGGAAAUAUACAGGUAACAUAUAGUUUCUACCUUUGCAGAUCUCAUGGUAUAGUGGUGAAAAUGACUAGAGCACUUUACUUAUUCCUUCACCAAAUAUUUGUUACUCUGAGCAAUGAAUUAAGGAUAAGGCACUGGCUGGCUGUUAAAGAUGUUGGGUGUUAAAGACAGAGAAAAAGAAUCCGUUAAUCUGUUCUAAGGAAAGUUAUGAUCUAAUAGACAAAGCAAACACAUUUGUAUAUAAAUUAUAAUGCUGUAUAAGUCCAACAAUAGAAAUAUGCAAAAAUACGGCAAAGGAAAAUGAUCAACUAAGAUAAAAUAGAGACACUUAAGAGACUGGAGGACUUGAUAAGGUAGAGUGUGGUGAAAAGUGUAGAAAGAUUAAAGACUGUGGUCAGACGGUUGAAUGUUGUUGGAGUGAGCAAUUUCAGAGGUAGAGCAUUUCUCAUGUAAUGUGAUCUAGUGUGUAGCCUUGGAGUGGGUUUCUGAAGUGGAGAGUUGAGGUCUAAGUGUAACAACUUUGAGACUGGCUGUUAACCAAGUUUUUGUGAGAGAUGUUAGAGACAUAAAAGUAAUUUAGAUAAGUCCUUUCUUUAAGGAGUCGUGUCCUCUCUGAAACCUUUUCUGAUUGAACCCCAUAUCCAGAUAUAAUAAACCAGGCUCUUUUUGUCCCUAUAUUGCUAUAAUACCUAUAUCACUGUAUUUUGUUUUUAUUUACAUAUUAUCUUUCUCAACUAUGCUGUAGGGUUCUUGAGGACAACGAUACAAAAUCAUUUACACCUAGUGUAAUAUGUGAUAUCCCAUAUAACUUGUACACCAUAAAUAUACAUUGAGUUGAAGAUCUUGUAGACUUAAAAACAAGAGACAAAUUAAAAACAUACUCUGAUAAAGGCAUAUUAAUGUAUGUACGAGAGUAGUGCUACUUCAUCUGGCUGCAUAAUGAAUGAUCUAGAGAGCUUUUCAAAAAAUGCCUCUAGGCUGGGCGCGGUGGCUCACGCCUGUAAUCUCAGCACUUUGGGAGGCCAAGGCGGGCGGAUCACUUGAGGCCAGGCGUUCGAGACCAGCCUGGCCAACAUGGUGAAACCCCGUUUCUACUAAAAAUAUGAAAACUUAGCCAGGUGUUGCGGUGCAUGCUUAUAAUCUCAGCUACUCAGGUGGCUGAGGCAUGAGAACUGGGAGGCGGAAGUUGCACUGCAGCCUGGAUGACAGAGCGAGACUCUGCCUCAAAUAAAUAAAUACCUCUACCCUGACAAACAAAACCUAACAAAAAACAAAAUUAUCAUUUUUAGUCACACACCAAAAUAAGUGAAUUAUAUUGUAUUGCUAAUCAUAGGUGACUAUUACUUAUUAUUAUUAUUGUUAUUAUUAUUUUUUGAGACAGAGUCUCACUGUGUCGCCCAGGCUGGAGUGCAAUGGUGCGGUCUCCACUCAUUGCAACCUCCGCCUCCUGGGUUCAAGCGAUUCUUCUGCCUCAGCCUCCGCAGUAGCUGGGACUACAGGCACGUGCCACUACACCCAGCUAAUUUUUGUAUUUUUAGUGGAGAUAGGGUUUCACUAUGUUGGCCAGGAUGGACUAUUACCUUUCUCUUAAAUAAGUCUUCUAUAUUAUAUAAUUAUUGAAUACUAUCCAUGUUUUACCUCAGCAUUCUAAUAGCUAAAAUACGUUGAUUUGGUACCUUCUUAGCUUGUCUGAAAGAAGCAUCCUCUUGAUAGUUUUGUUUUUUUUGUUUUUGUUUUUGUUUUUUUUUGAGACAGGGUCUCAUUCUGUCAACCAGGCUGGAUACAGUGGUGUGAUCACGGCUCACUGCAGCCUCAACUUUCUGAGCUCAAGCAGUCCUCCACCUCAGCCUCUUGAGUAGAUGGGAACACAGGUGCACACCACUAUGACCAGCUAAUUUUUUUUUUGUAGAGACAAGGUUUUACCAUGUUGCCCAGGCUGGUCUCGAACUCCUGCAUUCAAGCAGUUAGCCCACCUCAGCCUCCCAAAGUGCUAGGAUUACAGGCGUGAGCCACCGCGCCCAGCUGGUUAUAUACCUUAACUGUUUUUCCUCUCUUCUCUAUACUCUGUAGCCAGAUUAAACUUUAUAAUAUACUGCUUUAUACCACAAGAAGCAAUCGCCAAAUCCAGAAUAUGGGAAGUUUUAUUGGAUAACUAGAUUCGUCAACAAAUAAUUGGGAUGGGGUGGAGGAGGAGUGAUGGGAAGAGAGGGAAAGCUGUUACAGAUAAAAAGAGCCAUAUCAGCCAAACGCAGUGUGUGAACUUGGUUUGGAUUCUGAUGUGCAUAAAACAAUUGAAAAAAGAUACUUUUGAGACGAGUGGGGGAAAUUUGAACAUGUACAUGAUAUUAAUAUUAAGGAAUUGUUAAUUUUCUUAUAGAUGUUUAUGACAUUGUGAUAACGUAAAGCUGUUAUCUAUAAAGAUAUAUAUUGAAGUAUAUACAGGUUAAAUGAAAUGUACUCCAGCUCCUUCCUCCCCACUCCUCCCCAAAAAAGUUGGGGAGAGAUAGACAAAACAAGAUUAGCAAAUGUUUAUAAUUUGUUGAAGUAGAGUAAAAGGUACAUUUUACUAUUUCUUAGCUUUUAUCUUUGAAGAUGUCUGGGAACUCCUGAGCUCAAGUGAUCCUCUCACUUGGGUCUCUCAAAGUGCUAGGAUUGCAGGCAUGAGCCACCAUGCCUGGCCAAUUUUUAAAAAGGUUAAAUUACAAUUAAAGGAUUUUCUUUUGAGUGUGUCCUAGAAUGCUGUAGAUAUUUGACUAAAUAUCAGUGAUCAAUACAGUGAUUACCUCAAGUUCUUGUCUUUGAUCUUCGGUGGUCUCUUCUGUGUCCUCACUAAGUCUUUCCAUCAUGAGCCCAAAUUCUUUUCUUCUCAGUGGCAUGUUUCUAGAUUCCAGAUUCUCAUAAAUUUUGAUAUUACUUUUACUGGAAUGGAAGGAAAUGAAAGAAGGUACUCCUGCAAACCUGGGAACCUUAUGAAAGUUAUGCUUUCCCAUUUUAAAGCUGUUAGAAGAAGGGGAAUGUUUCUAAUGCUGACGUUUAAGGCAACUUAUAAUGCUGUAAGCUUUUGAAUUAUGGCUGCUGCUUCUUUUGCCCUUCGUGUCUAACAUAUACUUCUGGACUACUAAGAACUUUGUGCAAAUUGUAAAAAGGCACUCCUUUGUGCCCUGAGCCAUCAUGGCUUCACUGGAGAAGGGCAAGCUGGAUUUCAACCCUCUUCCCCUUGCCCUUCUGGCUUAAUGCCCUCGUGCACUGUCUACACAGCCGUAGCUGGUGAGCUUGUUGUUUCAGAAUAAUGAAGUUACAUGAGUUUAAGUUUUUGGUGAUGCGUGUUUCUGAGGAGUAGGUAUGAAAGUUUGGAGAGCUAUAGUGUAGGAAUUAUGUGAGCAUUUGAAUGUUAAAACAAUGUAUUCUUUUAAUGAAGUUUUAUAAGUUUUACAAGUAUAUGGAAAAACAAGAAGCUAUUCUCUGUUAAAACCCUGUAAUUAGUGCUUCAGUGUAUAUAUGUUUUUAUUUUUUGAGACAGGGUCUAGCUCUGUUACCCAGGCUGGACUUGGGUAGGCAGUGGCUAUUCAGAGGCACAAUUGUAGUACACUGCAGUCUUGAACUCCUGGGCUCAAGCGAUCUUCCCACCUCAGCCUCCUGAGUAGCUGGGACUACAGGCAUGCACCACCAUGCCCAGCUAACUUUUGUAUUGGCUUUUGGUAGAGAUAGGGUUUUGCCACGUUGCUCAGGUUGGUCUCGAACUCCUGGGCUCAAGCGAUCUGCCCAUCUCGGCCUCCCAAAGUGCUAGGAUUACAGGUGUGACCCACCGCACCUGGCCCUGGUAUACUUUUAAGAAUCUCAACAAUUACAUUUGAAGGUACAAGCACAAAACUGCAGAACAUACAACAUAUACACAUGCAUACAGCACCUUGCCUUAAUGGUAGUUCAAUACCUGAUGAGUAGGAAACACUAUCACCAUAUUUGCUCAGCUCUAAGGUGUGUACAUUACCAUAUUUUAACAUUUCUGAUAUUCAGGUGCAUCUUACUUUUGAAGAAUUUUUAAGCUACUGUUAAAGUGGAAUUUAUACUUAACAAGAUUUCAGAAUCAAGUCAGUAUUGUAAAUAAGUCAGUCUGAGGGGCUUUGCGAAACCUGAAAUUUUGAAGUUACCUUUGGAUGUCUUAACUGAAAAAAAUGUAAGGGCUGAAGUUUUUUUCUUCUUAAAAUUUCAGUUUUUGUAGUUGAAAACUGUAGAAAUAGAAAACAAAAGCCACAUUGUUAGGAAAUGACAGGUCUUAAUUCUAAUUUUAGUCUUUUUUUUUUUCUUUUUAAAAUUUCCUGUUAUCUUAGCUCAGAGCUGGGUUUCAGUCUCCAGUUUUCUAGCUAAUUUAACCAAUGGCAGCUUUUUGUUUGUAGUUUUAUUACGGCAUUGCUAAUCCUCAUUAUAUUUGUCGUGGCCUUGAGCAAAAAUCUCAAUUGAUGACAUUCACCUGUUUAUAGUCAUAACCAUUUGGUAAAUAACUUUAAUUUUUGGCAAAGUAGCACCUGAAUUUCUCUCAUUUUACCAGACAGGUCUACAUUUACUUUGGGGUAAAGCUAUUUAUUUUUCAUAUUGCUAGUUUAAAAAAAGAGAGAAGAGAGAACACUAAUAAGUUAAAAACUCUUAUGUACACAUCCACGUUUUCACUUUGAGGAGCUAUGAGAAAUUGAAUCUAACCAAAAUUUACUUUUAUUCUAUUUUGAGAGCAUUUGCAUUUACCAUAUCUAAUUUUUUUUUUUUUUUGAGACAGAGUCUUGCUCUAUUGCCCAGGCUGUAGUGCAGUGAUGCAGUCUCGGCUCACUGCAGCCUCCGCCUCCCAGGUUCAAGCAGUUCUCCUCCCUCAGCCUCCUGAGUAGCUGGGAUUACAGGCGCAUGCCACCAUGCCCGGUUGAUUUUUGUAUUUUUAGUAGAGACGGGGUUUUACCAUGUUUAGGUCUCGAACUCUUGACCUCAUGAUCUGUCUGCCUCGGCCUCCCAAAGUGCUGGGAUUACAGGCGUGAGCCACUGUGCCUGGCUAAAGUUGUUUGUUUGUUUUUUUAACAGCCUUUUUUACAGCUGGCUAAUUUACAUCCUAAGAUGCAAACAAAAGAUUAUGUUUGGUUUAUUUAUUUUUUUCUGGUUCAGCAGCAUGCUACAUUUCAAAUGAAAUUUUAAGAACUGAUAGGAAUAGAAAAAUAUUUUUCCCUAUUAGAUGAGGUCAGUUCUUUCCCCUUUUGAAAAAUGAUCAGUUUUGGUAUUUUUUCAUUUUUUAAAAAGUCAUUUUAUUCUGUACUAAGAUGAAAUUUUUCUUAUCCGGGAGAAACCUGAGGUUGAUAACGUUAAGUAACUUGCCCAAGGUCAUACAAAUAAUAAAUUGAAGAAUAAUGAUUGAACCUAGGCACAUGUAAUUCCAAGACCAGAAUUUUUGUCAUUACACUGCGUUUUCUCUGGUAUGCUAAUAAUAGUUGGCCCUAUUGAAACAUUUAUUAAGACAUAAUUGCUAGCCUGGGCAACAUAGUGAAACCUCAUCUCUCCAAAAAAAAAAAAAAAAAAAAAAAAAGCAGCCAGUUGUGGUGGUAUGCACCUGUAGUCCCAGCUACUUGGGAGGCUGAGAUGGAAGGAUUGCUUGAGUCCGAGAGGUCAAGGCUAUAGUGAGCCAUGAUCAUGCCACUGCACUCCAGCCUGGGUGACAGAGCAAGACCCUGUAUCAAAAAAAAAAAAAAAAAAAAAAGUAAUAAAAUGACAUAUUCUCUGAAUAACUUAGAUUCUAUGUUCGUAAAAAGAAAUCUGGCAUAAGAAUAGGUAUUUCAUUGUCUUUUACACAAAUUAUGUGCCUAGAGCAGUGUAGUAGUGCUGAGUUACAUCAACAGUUAUUGAUUUAGUUACAUUAAUCAUUCUGUCCUAAAGCUAAUGAAGAUUUUGACCCAAGUCUCAGUAGAUCUAAAAAAUUUUGUUUUGGAUUGUGUUUUCAUUUUCCUUUCCUCACAUUUUUAGAAAUAUGUCCUUAGUUUUAACAAUAUGUUGCUUAAUGUCAGGUUUAUUUUCUAUACACUUUUUUUGUGUUGACUAGGAGCCCGUUUUUAAUCUAGCAAGCAUUUCAUAAUGGAUGAAUGAAAUAUCUUAGAUCAGAAAUGAAACCCUGAGUAACUGAAUGUCUGUCUUCAUAGCUGCCAGUGCUACCCUCUUUGGUUGGGAUUCUCAGGUCCUAUCUGUCAUACCUGGGCUAUAUUGACAUUAGACUAAGGAAAAAGGUGGCAACCUUUUAUAAAGAGUUGUGAUAUGCUGAAAGAGGCAACAGUGGCAACUGAGGACUCAGAGGCAUUUGAUAAUGCCUGCUUUAGUAUUUGAAUCAGCGGCCAAAAUGGCUGAAGUAGCUAUCAAAUUAGCUAGCCAUCAACUAUCCUACUCUAUUCUUUCCUCUAGUGAAGACACAACUUUUAGGAAGUUGAAAAAGUAGCUGGGCAGGUGGUGGUGUGUUGUGUUCUCAAGGUUCAUUCUCUAAUUAUAGUGCAUUGGACGUAUAAUCCUAGUUUUGUAUUGCCUUUGAGUCUAUAGUUAAUUUGGAUAAUAAGACUGUGAGCUCCUUGGGCAGGAACAGUGUCUUGCUCUCCAUUUCAUUCCUAUUUCUUGGCACUUAGUGGGCACUCAAAUAUUAUUGAGUGAAUGCAUGAUCCUUUCAGCCUCAGUUAAAGCAUGAGAUUUUCCUGAGGCUUUAACUUGGAGAACUCUUUGCCUUUCUUACUCUACAAUAUGAUGAAUCCACCAGAAAAUAAUGUCUUUUAUAUAAACAUAUAAAUCACCAACCAAAGAGGUAGCACUGGCAGCUAUGAAGACAGACAUUCAGUUACUCAGGGUUUCAUUUCUGAUGUAUGACAUUUAAUUCUUCUAUUUUUAGUUUUAGCCUCCAAAUUCAUUAUAUAUUCACCACUGAUAACAUUUCAUAAAAAUCCAUUUUCAUAGACAGUUUCAAGUCAAGAUUUAAAAGACUUAAGCUGUAAGUCCUUACCAUCCCAUGAUAGUUGGUCUUUACCAAAGUAAUUGAUUCAUUCAAUUCUUUUAAUAAUUUUAUACAUAGGCAAAAUUUAGAAUUUGUGAUCUUUUUUAUAUUUUUCACUAAUAUUUCCUGUCUCAGUUGCAGAGGGAUAAGAGGGUUUGCUGAAUGUGAUAAAUAAGGAAAAUGUGUAUACAUCUUCUACUUAAGAAUGAGACUAUACCUUUCAGGCUCUGCUAUAGUGGUAGCCCUAAAUGUAAGUGGUGAACAGCUCAUUCUCCUGUAAGAUGUUUAUAGCAUUUUCUAACACAGAACUAUUCAGAGUGUAGUACAAGACAGUGCUGGCCCAUGAGCUGUUUAUUAUUUGUGAGGAGAUAAGUUCAGAAAUUGAGUUUUUAGAAACUUGCAUAGCAGUUUGAUAGAACAAAUUUAUGUCUGUCAAAUCUAAUAAUAACAAAUUGGGGCUUAUAUUUGAUAUAUAUUUAUUUUAUUUUUCUAGUAAUUCAUUUUUACUAUUUUUUAACAAAAUUAUUGGCCCAUAAUGAAUUGGAAAUUCAAAGAAAAAAAAAGUUCUUUACCAGAGAUAAUUUGCAAAGCAGUGUUCUAAAACAGUGGUUCACAUCCUUUCAUGUUCGCCUAACCUUCUAAAUGAUACCACACUCGAGAGGGUGCGGAGUAUGGGAUAUAGAGUGCUCUUUCCCUACCGGUAGCCCUCUGAUAGAGAAUCCUUAUAUUGAAAAUAAUUUCCCACAGACUUUCCCUUAAUUGUUUCAAUCUUUUCACUAAAUCUAACUUAAAAUUUUUUUUUUAAUAAAUGGGUUUAAUAAAACAGAACACUGGUUAUUAUGAGUUCUGAGCUAUGCUAGUGUAACAUAUUAAGUUGCAGUAUCAAAAUACUACCCCAAAAUAGACCCAUUCCUCUGAAGAAUGGGCAUGCUAACUAUUUUUAGCAGGUAUAAUAUAGUCACAAAUAAUGUGUUUUACUGAAACUAAUUAAUAACAUAAAUACAAUAUGUAUAAGAUUUGGCCUAAUAUAUAAAGCACUAUGGGAGUAAUGCCAUUAUAAAUGCCCCUUUUGCCCUGGCCUGACCUUUAUAUCUUAUUACUUAAAAAUACCAUAAUUUUUUUAAAGUAUACAAAUGUAAAUAUUUCAUACCUGUAUGAUUCCUGUUUAUCGUUGAAUAAUAAUUCAUCAUAUGCCAUGUACUGCAGGUUGAUUAUUUUAUUGAUGGAUAUCUGGGCUGUUUCCUGCUUGGGUUGUUAUGAAUAAAGCUGUUAUAUACAUAUUUGUUUGAAUUUUUGUGGACUUACGCUUUUAUUUCUCUUGGGUAAAAAUACUGAGAACAAGAAUUGCUGGGUCUUAGGGUAGGCAUAUGUUUUUGAUUUAUAAAAAAACUACUGGAACUUUUUCCAAAAUGAUUGUGCCAUUUUACACUCCCCACCAAUGUUUGUGCUACAUCUUUACCAAAAGUCUUUUUUUUUUUUUUUUUUUUUUGGAGACAAGAUCUCACUCUGUCACCUAGGCUGGCGUGCAGUGGCACAAUUAGGGCUCAUUGCAGCCUCAGCCUCCCAGGCUCAAGCAAUCCUCCUGCCUCAGCUGGGACUACAGGUAUUCAGUAGCAAACCUGGCUAAAUUUUUCUGAAUUUUGGUAGAGAAAGGGUUUUGCCAUGUUGCCCAGGCUAGUCUCAAACUCCUGAGCUCAAGCAGUCCUUCCACUUUGGCCCCCAAAAGUGCUGGGAUUACAGGCCUGAGCCACCAUGCCUGGAUGCCAACAGUCUUUUAAAUCAGCAGUCCCCAACCUUUUUGGCACCAGAGGCUGGUUUCAUGGAAGACAGUUUUUCCACAGACUAAGGUCUGGGACAGGCAUGGUUUUGGCAUGAAACUGUUCCACCUCAGAUCAUCAGGCAUUAGAUUCUCAUAAGGAGCACAUAGUUUAGAUCCCUCGGAAUUGCUGUUCACAAUAGGGUUGGCACUCCUAUGAGAAUCUAAUGCUGCCGCUGAUCCGACAGGAGGCGGCUCUCAGGCGGUAAUGCUUGCCUGCCUCUCACCUCCUGCUGUGUGGGCCCUGUUCCUAACAGGCCAGGGACCAGUACCAGUCCAUGGCCCAGGGGUUGGGGACCAUUGUUUUAAAUUGUGAUUUUAAUUUGCAUUUCCCUGAUUGCCAGGGAUGAGUACUGUUUCAGCGGUUUUUAGUGGUUUGCAUAUCUUCCUUUGUCAGUUGUUUAAAUCUUUUGCCCAUUUUAUUUGUCUUCAUAUUAUUGAGGCGUAGGGAAUUUUUAUGUCUUCUAGAUACAGAUCUCCUUUGUCAAGUAUAUGUUUUGUGAAUAUUUUCUCCCAGUCUGUGACUUGCCUAUUCAUUUUCAUAAUGGUGUCCAUUGUAUUUUUUCAACAUUUUAUUAUGAAAAUUUUCUUUUAUUUUUUCUUUCUUUCCUUUUUUUUUUUUUUUUUUUUUUGAGACAGAGUUUCACUCUGUCGCCCAGGCUGGAGUGCAGUGGUGCAAUCUCAGCUCACUGCAACUUCCACCUGCCUGGGUUCAAGCGAUUCUCCUGCCUCAGCCUCCCGAGUAGCUGGGGUUACAGGCACUCACCAUCACGACUGGCUAAUUUUUGUGUUUUUAGUGGAGACGGGGUUUCACAAUGUUGGCUGGGCUGGUCUCAAACUCCUGACCUCAAGUGAUCCACCCACCUUGGCCUCCCAAAGUGCUGGGAUUACAGGUGUAAGCCACCACGCCCAGCCUAUUAUGAAAAUUUUCAAGCAUACAGGAAGUUGAAAAACUUUCAUCGUGAACACCCAUACACCCACCACCUAGAUACUAUCAUUAACAUUUUAUUAUACUUGUCUUUUUACAUAUGUGUCCAUCUAUCCUAUUGUAUGCAUUUUAAGGUAAAUUGCAGAAUCAGUUCACCUCCCACAAAUACUUCACAAUGCAUUAUUAUGAAUUAUAAAUUAGAAUUCAUAUAAUUAUGAAUUAGAAUUCAGUAACUGCAGCUUUUUUUCUUUUGAGGUAAACUUUUCGUACAGUGAAGGCACGAGUUUUUGUUUUUGUUUUUUUUUCGAGAUAGAGUUUCACUCUUGUUGCCCAGGCUGGAGUGGAAUGAUCCCGGCUCACCGCAACCUCUGCCUCCCGGGUUCAAGUGAUUCUCCUGCCUUAGCCUCCCCAGUGGCUGGUAUUACAGGCAUGUGUCACCACGCCCAGCUAAUUUAUAUUUUUAGUAGAGACAACGUUUCUCCCUGUUGGUCAGGCUGGUCUCGAACUGACCUCGGGUGAUCCGUCCACCUCAGCUUCCCAAAGUGCUGGGAUUAUAGGUGUGAGCCACCACGCCCGGCAAAGGCACGAGUUUUAAGUGAACAUUGGCAGAGUUUUGACAAAUGCAUGCACCUGUGGAAUCCUAAACCCCAUCAAGAUGUAGAAUAUUACCAUCACUCUAGGAAGUUCUUUCAGGCCCAGUCCCAGUUAAUCUGUAUUUCCAUUCUUCCAGAUCCAGCCAUUGUCCUGCUUUUUCUGCAUCAUAGGUUAGUUUUGUCUGUUCUAAAACCUUAUAAAAGUGGAUUCACAUAUUAUGUACUCUUCUGUUUAAAGCAUCUUUCACCUAGCCGUAAUGUUUUUGAGAUUCAUCCAUGUUGUUGAACAUAUCAAUAGUUUAUUCCUUUUUAUUGCUGAAUAGUAAUCCUUUGUAUGACUAUAUCACACUUUAUCCAUUCUCUUGUGAAUGUAUACCUAAGAUGUUUCCGGUUUUUGGAUAUUAUGAAUAAACUGUUGUGAACAUUUUUGUGCAAGUCCUUUUGUGGGAAUAUAUUUUCAUUUUUAAGGGUAAAUACCUAUGAGUGGAAUUGCCAGAUUAUAGGGGAAAGUGUGAGACCCUUUUCCAUAGUGGUUGUACUAAUUUAUACCCCCAACAACAGUGUAUGAAAGUUCUUUUUGUUCCACAGUCUUGCCAAAUUUGGUGGUUUUGGUCUUAUGAAUUUUAGCCAUCUUGGUGAGUGUAGUGAUAACCUCAUUGUGAUAGUGUAUUGUACUUUAAAUAGCUAUUUCUCACAUCCCACCUUCUUUAAUCACUCUCCAUGCACAUCACACACCUCAGCUUUACUAGUUUUCUCUCAGCUUUUUCUGUACUACUUUAACUUUGCCUUCAAUUUUCUAUGCCCCUGCACUUUUAUAUAUAGUUCACCGUAGGAGAGAACCUGUGCAGCCAAACCAGUGCUAUUAAGAACCAAUGAAAUAAAAUUUAGGUGAGUGUAUGUGAGUUUUCUUUCUUUGAAACAUACUCUGUGUUGCCUACCUCAGGGCAUUAGAGGUUUUAAAGUUGAGUUUCACCACUUACAAUGGUGACUUUGGGCAAGUUUCUUAGUCUAAUGUUUCUGUUUUCGUGUUGAUUAAAUGAGAUCGUGAUGUAAAGUUUCUAGUGCAAUGCAGAGUACAAACUAGGUCUUUAUUGCUUUCCUUCUCUUUUAGAAGUGGUAUAUAUUUGUAGGGUUUUCUUUUCCUUUAUUUUAUUUUAUUUUAUUUAUUUUUUUUGAGACGAGUCUUGCUCUGUCGCCCAGGCUGGAGUACAGUGACGUGAUCUUGGCUCACUGCAAGCUCCACCUUCCAGGUUCAUGCCAUUCUCCUGUCUCAGCCUUCUCAAUAGCUGGAACUACAGGCGCCCGCCACCACGCCUGGCUAAGAUUUUUGUAUUUUUAGUAGAGACGGGGUUUCACUGUGUUAGCCAGGUUGGUCUUGAUCUCCUGACCUCUUGAUCCACCCGCCUCGGCCUCCCAAAGUGCUGGGAUUACAGGCAUGAGUCACCUCGCCCAGCCUAGCUUUUUCUUUAAAAAAAAAAAAAAAAAUUGUUUAUUCCAAAACAAGGCCAGUAUUCUUGCUAGCAUAAAUCAAUUAUCAACGUGAUUGUGCUUUUAUAUUUACCUUCUUUUUUUUCUUUUUAAUCCUCCUUCCCUCCUACCCUUCCUGGCCUCUGGUAACAACCAUUCUACUUUCUAUAUUAAUGAGAUCCACAUUUUUAGCUCCUACGUAUGAAUGAAAAUGUGAUAUUUGUCUCUCUAUGCUUGGCUUAUUUCACUUAACAUAAUGACCUCCAGUUCCAUCUGUGUUGCCGCAAAUGACAUGAUUUCAUUUUUACGGCUGAAUCGUAUUCUGUUGUAUAUAUAUUCCACAUUUUCUUUAUAUACUCAUGUGUUAACGGGCACUUAAGUUGAUUCCAUAUUUUGGCUGUUGUGAAUAGUGCUGCAAGAAGUGGUAUAUAACUGAAUGACUAAGAAUUCAAAGCAUCAUUGCUUCAGUUAAAUUUAGCACAACCUUACUUGUCAGAUGGAAGGCAUUCCCAAUAACAGAGGCCUUAUACUACAUCAUCAAUAUGGACAUUACACAGGGCUCAAUUUACUGAACUCCCCUGCUAAGUACAGAGGUAGAACCUCAUACUCUAAAGUCGUCAACUGAGAACUUGAUACAGUUGUCUGAUAAAUUAUAUCAAGAAUUAAGUAUGUUAUUUUAAGGGUAUGCUAAAGGAACUGUACGCCACUUAAAGGGAUUUUCUGGGACUUUUUUUUUUUCUUUGAAACAGCCACUCUGUACAAUACAAAAGUUCUGAACUCUUUAAACAUAUAUAUUUUUUUCUUUUUCUUUCUUUUUUUUUUAGACAGAGUCUCGUUCUGUCACUCAGGCUGGAGUGCAGUGGCGCAAUCUCUGCUCACUGCAAUCUCCGCCUCCUGGAUUCAAGGGAUUCUCCUGUGUCAGCUUCCUGAGCAGCUGGGACUACAGGCAUGAACCACCACGCCUGGCUAAUUUUUGUAUUUUUAGUAGAGAUAGGGUUUCCCCAUGUUGGCCAGGCUGGUCUUGAACUCCUGACCUCAGGUGACCCGCCCACCUUGGCCUCCCGAAGUGUUAGGAUUACAGGUGUGAGCAACGGCACACAGCCGUAUCUUUCAUAUUUUAAGUUGAUAUAGUGCCAGUCAGUCUUUAAAGAGGACAGUAUAAAAAUGAACCAUUCCCGGCUGGGCACGGUGGCUCACGCCUGUUAAUCCCAGCACUGUGGGAGGCCGAGGUGGGCAAAUCAUCUGAGGUCAGGAGUUUGAGACCAGCCUGACCAACGUGGUGAGACCCCCGUCUCUACUACAAAUACAAAAAAAAAAAUUAGCUGGGCAUGGUGGCACAUGUCUGUAGUCCCAGCUACUCGUGAGGCUGAGGCAGGAGAAUCGCUUGAACCUGGGAGGCGGAGGUUGCAGUGAGCUGAGAUCGCACUACUGCACUCCAGGCUGGACAACAGGGCGAGUGAGACCCUGUCUCAAAAAAAAAAAAAAAAAGUUAACUGUUCUCUAAUCUUUCUUGUGUGAAAUAUGAGGGCAGAGGUUGAGAUCAUGACAUGCAGAUAAGAAUGACAACUUCAGUGAAGGAAAUAGAGGAGCAAGCGGUAGACAGUAGUUCACUGUGAAUUCUGUCCAGUCUCCAGGUUUCAGCAGCUUUGGGAAGCAGGCUAAACUGUUCUUGGGGUUCUUCAGGUUAAUAAGAAUAAGCAAGGGUGGAGUGCUUAAUCCUUUUAAGUGAAUGAUAAACACUGUGGAAGGCGUGUCUUCAAGCGCCCCACUCCCUCAGGGCUGUAGGUCACGUGAGCUUAAAGUACUUCCCGAAUCCCAGCCACUGUCUCUUGUAGGCAGGGAUCACAGUCUGAAAGGACAGCGAGGAAGAGGUAGGCAGGGAAAACUAACUGGAAGGAAGUUUAAAUACAGAAAGAGCAAAGUAUUAUCUAACUAUAACAAUGCCACAUUUUACUGUGACUAAGGUAGAGGACCCAGAGGAGGGGGCAGCGGCUUCGAUCUCUCAAGAGCCUAGUUUAGCAGACAUAAAAGCCCGGAUUCAGGAUUCAGAUGAACCAGACCUGAGUCAGAACUCCAUCACAGGGGAACACAGCCAACUGUUAGAGACUACUGGGAACGUUGGACACCAAUAUUAGACGAUGGACAUAAGAAAGCUCGAAAUGCUUAUCUCAAUAAUUCCAAUUAUGAAGAAGGAGAUGAAUAUUUUGAUAAAAAUUUGGCACUCUUUGAGGAAGAAAUGGACACCAGACCGAAGGUGUCUUCCCUCCUCAACCGCAUGGCCAAUUACACUAAUCUGACUCAAGGAGCAAAGGAACAUGAAGAGGCAGAAAACAUCACUGAAGGGAAAAAGAAGCCCACCAAGACCCCCCAAAUGGGUACCUUCAUGGGUGUCUACCUCCCAUGUCUACAAAAUAUUUUUGGAGUGAUCCUUUUUUUACGCCUUACAUGGGUGGUGGGCACAGCUGGAGUUCUUCAGGCUUUUGCAAUUGUCCUUAUCUGCUGCUGCUGUACAAUGUUGACUGCUAUCUCCAUGAGUGCCAUUGCCACUAAUGGAGUGGUGCCAGCUGGGGGCUCAUACUUUAUGAUUUCCCGGGCACUGGGCCCAGAGUUUGGUGGGGCUGUUGGCCUCUGCUUUUAUCUUGGUACCACAUUUGCGGCAGCCAUGUACAUCCUUGGUGCCAUUGAAAUCUUUCUGGUCUAUAUCGUCCCCCGAGCUGCCAUCUUUCACAGUGAUGAUGCACUCAAGGAAUCAGCAGCCAUGCUAAAUAACAUGCGUGUCUACGGCACAGCUUUCUUGGUCCUUAUGGUAUUAGUGGUAUUUAUCGGCGUACGCUAUGUGAACAAGUUUGCCUCACUUUUCCUGGCCUGUGUCAUUGUGUCCAUCUUGGCCAUCUAUGCUGGAGCCAUCAAGUCUUCUUUUGCUCCUCCACACUUCCCGGUCUGCAUGCUGGGUAACCGCACCCUUUCAUCAAGACACAUUGACGUUUGCUCUAAGACCAAGGAAAUUAACAACAUGACAGUCCCAUCAAAGUUAUGGGGAUUCUUCUGUAACUCGAGUCAAUUUUUCAAUGCCACCUGUGAUGAAUACUUUGUUCACAAUAACAUCACUUCAAUCCAGGGCAUUCCUGGAUUGGCUAGUGGUAUAAUUACAGAGAAUCUUUGGAGUAAUUACCUACCCAAGGGAGAGAUCAUCGAAAAGCCUUCAGCCAAAUCUUCUGAUGUCUUAGGCAGCUUAAACCAUGAAUAUGUUCUUGUUGACAUCACCACCUCCUUCACGCUUCUGGUGGGAAUCUUCUUUCCCUCUGUUACAGGUAUCAUGGCUGGAUCAAACAGAUCUGGAGAUCUGAAAGAUGCUCAGAAGUCUAUUCCCAUUGGUACUAUCCUUGCCAUCCUGACCACCUCCUUUGUUUAUUUAAGCAAUGUUGUCCUUUUUGGUGCAUGUAUUGAAGGGGUUGUUCUCAGAGACAAGUUCGGUGAUGCUGUGAAAGGUAAUUUGGUGGUAGGCACCUUAUCUUGGCCAUCCCCAUGGGUGAUUGUUAUUGGCUCCUUCUUUUCAACAUGUGGGGCUGGACUUCAGAGCCUCACAGGUGCACCGAGGCUGCUACAAGCUAUUGCCAAGGAUAACAUCAUACCGUUUCUGAGGGUUUUUGGCCACAGCAAAGCCAAUGGGGAACCUACCUGGGCUUUACUUCUAACUGCUGCCAUUGCAGAGCUUGGAAUACUCAUUGCCUCCCUGGAUCUUGUGGCCCCAAUUCUUUCCAUGUUUUUUCUCAUGUGUUACCUCUUUGUAAACUUGGCAUGUGCCUUGCAAACAUUACUUCGAACACCCAACUGGAGACCCCGAUUCCGCUACUACCAUUGGGCCCUUUCUUUCAUGGGAAUGAGUAUCUGUCUGGCUCUGAUGUUCAUUUCUUCCUGGUAUUAUGCCAUUGUAGCCAUGGUAAUAGCUGGUAUGAUCUACAAGUACAUUGAAUACCAAGGAGCUGAGAAAGAAUGGGGUGAUGGUAUCCGUGGGCUGUCCCUCAGUGCAGCCCGGUUUGCUUUGCUUCGAUUGGAGGAAGGACCUCCACACACUAAAAACUGGAGGCCUCAGUUGCUUGUAUUACUGAAACUAGAUGAAGACUUACAUGUCAAGCAUCCUCGCCUCCUCACCUUUGCCUCACAGCUCAAAGCAGGAAAAGGUCUCACUAUUGUGGGCUCUGUCAUCGUGGGGAACUUCCUAGAGAACUACGGUGAAGCUUUAGCUGCUGAGCAGACCAUAAAGCACCUAAUGGAGGCAGAGAAGGUAAAAGGAUUCUGCCAGCUGGUGGUGGCCGCCAAGCUGAGAGAGGGCAUUUCCCACCUCAUCCAGUCAUGUGGCCUUGGGGGCAUGAAGCACAACACGGUGGUGAUGGGCUGGCCUAAUGGCUGGCGUCAAAGCGAAGAUGCCCGCGCUUGGAAGACUUUUAUUGGCACAGUUCGAGUGACAACUGCUGCCCAUCUUGCACUGCUGGUGGCUAAAAACAUCUCCUUCUUUCCCAGCAAUGUGGAGCAAUUUUCUGAGGGCAACAUUGAUGUGUGGUGGAUUGUGCAUGAUGGGGGGAUGCUUAUGCUACUACCAUUCCUACUGAAACAGCACAAGGUGUGGCGAAAGUGCAGCAUACGGAUCUUCACAGUAGCCCAAUUAGAAGACAACAGUAUCCAAAUGAAGAAGGACCUAGCCACCUUCCUAUAUCACUUACGCAUUGAGGCGGAGGUAGAAGUGGUGGAGAUGCAUGACAGUGAUAUAUCAGCAUAUACUUACGAGCGCACUUUGAUGAUGGAACAAAGGUCCCAGAUGCUCCGGCACAUGCGGCUAUCCAAAACAGAGCGAGACAGAGAGGCACAAUUGGUGAAAGACCGAAACUCAAUGCUACGAUUGACCAGCAUUGGCUCUGAUGAGGACGAAGAGACAGAAACCUAUCAGGAGAAGGUGCACAUGACUUGGACAAAAGACAAGUACAUGGCAUCCCGGGGACAAAAAGCGAAGUCAAUGGAAGGAUUCCAGGACCUGCUUAACAUGCGUCCGGACCAGUCCAAUGUGAGGCGGAUGCAUACAGCAGUGAAACUCAACGAGGUUAUAGUUAACAAGUCCCAUGAAGCAAAGCUGGUUUUAUUGAAUAUGCCAGGGCCACCCCGAAACCCUGAGGGUGAUGAAAACUACAUGGAGUUCCUAGAGGUGCUUACCGAGGGACUAGAGCGAGUCCUACUUGUCCGGGGUGGUGGCAGUGAAGUGAUCACCAUUUAUUCAUAACCUACUCUGAAUGACCGUGCUUGGCCUGUUUUCUUAAAAGGCCUACGUCCUCCAUGGAAGUGCCAGCUCAUUACUACCACUCCCACUCAACUAGAAGCCUGUGUUCUGUACACAUCAUACUGAACUCUUGAUGAGCUGAGCCUCAAGUACCUGUGUAAAAGAGCUCCCAUCUGAUCUGCAGUCAUUACAGAAAAAGCAAAUAUUCCCUCAACGUCAGAACAAUGCUCAAGUCUUUCAAGCCACGUCUGAGCAGUCAAAGGCAAAUUAGAAUUAACAAGCUGAGCCAAUAAAUGAAUUGGUAAAAGGGAUGCUAGAAGUUCAACUGAAGAAAAAAAGCAAGUCAAGUACAUAUUCAGCAUUAAAGAUGAAUCUCAGAAGUCAUGGUUCAAUGUUGACACUGUGGGGAUAACAACUAGAGACAGCUUCAUCUUACUAAAGAAUUUAUGGUCAAGUAUAUUUGGACCUAUUAUCCUCGGCAAGCCAAGAUGCAAACAUUUUUUAGCUGUAUUUCUUUAGUAUACCCACUGCUCUAAUUUUAUAUUAGGAUACUAACUUGAAACAUGGCUGCAGCCUCUACUUCUUCAAAAACAUCCCCCCAAAAUACCAGAUUUAAAUAUCCAAAUACUGUGUCAGUGUAUACUUCAACUGUUUUGUUUCUCUUAACUCAAAACCCAUUCUGUCAUUGUAACACAGGCAGUGUUACCAUGGAAAUUGUUUUUGGUAAGGUAAAAAUUAUUUCUUUCAGGUUCCUUUCAAAUGGCCGAACUAAGAGAACUUCAAAAGGAAGCUAUUAACAUUUACUGAAAUAGUCUGUGGUUCUCUAUGCAACAUGGACAAAACAUACAAGCUGUUGUCUAAGAAAUGCAGGUCAUGGUGCACAUUAAUCAACAGGUUCUUCUCCCCCCGCCCCCACCCCCGCGCCUUUUUUUAUGCCCUCUUAUUAAGCACAGGUCAAAACAUCUUAAGGAACAAAUACUAGGAAAACUGGCUAAACAUCCUUCCCUGAAAGCACUGGACCAUCUUUUAAAGGGCACAUCUAGCAAUGGAAUUGGAAGCUCUAGAGCCACACUCUUUCUUUAGUGCCAAAGUUACUGAGCGGCUACUCUCCUUACCUACUUUACUAAAAUGGCAUACAGACUGGCAUUGACCUGUUGAAGAAAUUUUACCACUAAGAAAUCUUUUGCCUCAUCUACAAAGCCAUAGUUAAGACUUGAGGCAUUCAACUUAAUGCCAAGUAUAAGCAUUUCCCCCUUUUUCUUUCAGUUUUAUUCUUCAUUCUGACUACAGAAACUUGGCCCUGAACUACGAGAUUAGCCAAGCCAACAGUCUUCUAAUUUGUUUUCAGAAACUUCAGGCCGGGUGCCGUGGCUCACACCUGUAAUCCCAGCACUUUGGGAGGCCAAGGCAGGUGAAUCACUUGAGGUCAGGAGUUCGAGACCAUCCUGGCCAACAUGGUGAAAACCUGUCUCUACUAAAAAUACAAAAAUUAGCCGGGCAUGGUGGUGCAUGCCUGUGAUCCCAGCAACACGGAAGGCUAAGGCAGGAGAAUCGUUUGAACCCAGGAGGCGGAGGUUGCAGUGAGCCAGGAUUGUACCUCUGCACUCCAGCCUGGGUAACAGAGUGAUAUGUUUCAAAAGGAAAGUUCAGUGUGCCAAGGAAAUACUUGUGUAAGCUCAGCUUUUUAUUUACUAAUAUACUGAUCAAACAUCUGGCUUACAAGCAUAGGGAAACUACUUAUGUGGCUGGCUGAGCAGUAAUUUCAAGUAUGUGAAAUCUUCAUUUCUUUUACAGAAUAGUUAUUUACAGAAACUUUUCUUGCCUGUAUUCAUGGCUGUUUUUGAAUUUCAAUUUAUUAGUCAUAAAUAGUGCCACUCUUCUUUGAUUACUAAAUAGGACAUGGAGCAAGCUGACCUAGGUGUCACAAAUUAUUCAUUUGACCUGUAAGGACAGAGAAAACCCUUCAAUAUAGCUUAAGAAAUUGAGUAAUUUUGGGCCGGGUGCAGUGACUCACGCCUGUAAUCCCAGCACUUUGGGAGGCCGAGGCAGGCGGAUCAGGAGGUCAGGAGAUUUGAGACCAUCCUGACUACCAUGGUGAAACCCUGUCUCUACAAAAAUACAAAAAAAUUAGUCGGGCAUGGUGGCGGGCGCCUGUAGUCCCAGCUACUUGGGAGGCUGAGGCGGGAGAAUGGCGUGAACCCGGGAGGUGGAACUUGCAGUGAACCGAGAUUGCACCACUGCACUCCAGCCUGGGCGACAGAGGGAGACUCCAUCUCAAAAAAAAAAAAAAAAAAGAAAGAAAGAAAGAAAGAAAUUGAGUAAUUUUGAUUUGUUCCCUUUGCUUGCUUCAACCUCCAGGCCCACUGAGGAUGGCAAAGCGGAUAGGAUCUUAAGUCUUUUUUUCUGUUACUUCCUACAGAUGGUAGAAGCAUUAUUUACAACUCCCACUGCAACACUCCAUUGCUUAGUUGAGUUUAACAGUAGUGAGUCAUGUCCUGCAGGAUCCAGUAUCUUUUUUUUUUUUUUUUCCGAGACGUAGUUUCGCUCUUGUUGCCCAGGCUGGAGUGAAAUGGCACGAUCUUGGCUCACCGCAACCUCUGCCUCCUGGGUUCAAGCGAUUCUCCUGCCUCAGCCUCCCGAGUGGCUGGGAUUACAAGCAUGUGCCACCACGCCCGGCUAAUUUUGUAUUUUCAGUAGAGACGGGGUUUCUCUACUGAAACUGAUGUUGGUCAGGCUGGUCUCAAACUCCCAACCUCAGGUGAUCCGCCCGCCUUGGCCUCCCAAAGUGCUGGGAUUACAGGCGUGAGCCACUGUGCCCAACCAGGAUCCAGUAUCUUAAAGGCCCAUACUGUAAAGGUCAGCCUGCCUAGGAAUUCUGCCACAUUUACACACACCCCUGGCCAAAGUAAUAUUUUUUUUUUCCAUGUAGAACAAAUUAUGGGCAGAAAGUAAAGUUAGUUUUAGAAGUGCUGUUUGUGGUUGGAGAAUUGUAAAAAUCUUUUAAAGGGAUAAGGGAAUUAGUGGCUUUUAAUAUAACCACUGCUUCAGCCCCUGAAACACAAAAUCACUGUUACAUGGAAAACUGGUUAUUAGGCCAGAUUUAUAUUCAUCUCUGUCUAGAGUAUUUCAUGUGUGUAUGUGUUGCUUACGUUGUCUCCAAAGUCUCUCAUCUCUUUUAAUCACUGCAAAUAAAGCAAUACUGAAAACUUGAGAGAAUGCACCUUAGGGGAAGGGGCUGUUUCAAGACAGAAAACAAAGGAAAUACCUGCCUUUUGAAUAAGAUCCCGCUUUUGAGUCUUACCUAUGACUUUACCAGGGUAGAUUAGAAAUACACAUCCUCCUGCUGACCCUCUGCCUUCAAUAGCUAUCUAUCUUAAAAGCUGAAGUUUGAACUGCAGCAUCUGCUUGACAGGUGCCAGGUUCCUUCGGCAGGGGGAUGAUCACUCUAUAUAUCUUCCGUUGCCUCAGAUUCCUGUGGCCCAAGGAUCCCACCAAUCCUCGUUCCCCCUAAACAUGCUAACAAAAAUCCCUUAUUGUGGGUAUUAAAAUAACAGUUACACUGUAUGCAUAUUUAUGUGCUCGCCUCAGAUUCCUGUGGCCCAAGGAUCCCACCAAUCCUCGUUCCCCCUAAACAUGCUAACAAAAAUCCCUUAUUGUGGGUAUUAAAAUAACAGUUACACUGUAUGCAUAUUUAUGUGCUCCUUUUGUCUGGUUUAUUUUUCUUUUCAUCAUGUAUAAGCUGAAUCCAGCAUUAGUUUCUCACAUCUUCCCCCAGGUAUCCCCAACAGAAUUUUUAUGUCCCAGCUUGUAUUAAAUAGAAGUGAAAUAUUAAGGAAAAUAAAUAUAAGGGAACUUGUGCAACUUUUUUAAUGCAUUGUUCUCAACCAUUUAAUUUAUUGAAAGGACAUGCUGCAACAGUUCUUGAUUUAGCAGCAGUUAUUCUCUUGUUUACAUAGUUAUGUUUUUUUGUUGUUGUUUUGCUCUGUACUGGAAACAUAAAUAAAGUUUUCUACAUUAUUUUCA